GACUUUCCCCAACCAGAAGAAUUGCACCGUCCUGACCACAGAAGCUUGUAAUUGAACAAGGUCUAAUAUUAAUGUUAAUAAGCAUGUGAUGCAGUUCCCUGAAUCUGGUGAAACGUUCCCCUCAUGGCUUAUAAAAAGACGCUCAAUUCUCCCGAGAGAUGUAACUCCAUCGUCGCCACCACUCGUUACAUCUCGACACUCGUUUCGAUAUCGCUCCAACUUCCCUUCUACUCUCUUGAACAGGAAAUCGUUACGCUUCCACAAUGCAACUCCUUCACCAUAUGAUCGUCCUGUUUACCAGUCUGGCCGUCGCCCAAACCCUGCCCAAUAUUCCACCUUGCGCAGCGUCGUGUCUCGUCAACGCUCUGCAAGGCGAUGGAUGCCCAUCCAUAACCGAUUUCGCCUGCCACUGCCAGAAACCCGAGCUCGUCCCAAAAGUCAGUCCAUGUGUCGCACAAGCCUGCCCUAUCGCCGACCAAUCUUCUGUCUCCAAUGUCGUGGUCUCCGCAUGCUCCUCAGCUGGCCAUCCCAUCAGCGUCCCCAACCCAGGAGCUUCAACUACCCCCCAAGCAACCACAACCACAACAGCAACGGCAACUGGCACAGCGUCACCCACAGGCUCCAUGACCAUCCCUACCACCUCCUCUCACGCAUCAUCUAGCCCUAAACCCUCGUCUUCGGCUGCUAGCUCGUCUCAUGUCUCUUCGUCUCCAGGGGCUUCCACUCACACUGGCGGUGGUGCAGGGGGUGCUUCCUCUUCGGGCACUGCUUCAAGCAGCUCAGCUACCCCGCCUCUUAAGACGAAUGGAGCAGCACAAGUCACUGGGGGCUUCGCUGGUGUGGCUAUCGCUGCCGUGGCUGCUGCGUACUACCAUCUUUGAUCCCUUAGUUGGGGUCGAUGUUACUCUUCGGAGGAAGGGGUGCAUUUCUUGAUGAUUGUUGUCCCUACAGGGAUUGAAUGAUAAUACGGUGACUUGGGCUUUGGGGUUUGUAAUAUUAUAAUUUUAAUGAUUGCUUUGCCUGUUUUUACCUUCUGUCUGGCCUAUUGGUUCUUGAUUGUUGGAAUUGUUUGCUUUCGUUGCUCUCUGGCUCACUUUCUACGUACCUUUGUUAAUACAAAACCAGCUUUGGUUAAUAUUAAAUCAUGUUGGAUGAUAUGCCACA